AUAUUCAGAAGUCUGUAUUUUUUAAAAUGUGUUUUAAAGACAUCUUGCAAAAGGUAAAAUUUUGAUGCCAUUUGGGGGGCCUUGCCCUGGAAAAGUUUGGGAACCCCUGGUAUAGGCUAAUUCAGGUUUAAGUACAUAUUUCAUAUUCUCAGAAAAAAAACAUUUAAAACAUGAUUCUGUGUAUUAAAACUGCAUCGAGAAACAAGUUUUAUUGAAGGGUCUCCACAACUGUUUUAUUUCUUAACAUAUACUUGAAUAAAUGCGCUCUUAAUGCUGGUGAUUUCAUCGGUGACUUUAGUUAAUGCAACCCGAAGACUUUUAUUUUGAUAGAAGCGGAGAUGAGGUGACCGCGGAAUUGUUACUUAAUUGAUAAACCUACGAAUUAGCAGUUUAGCACGCUAGAGUUCCGAAAAGGCCUCUAUUGUUUUAUAGCACUACGACUCCAUAUUUUUUCAUAUCUUAUCAUUUAAUCUGUGACAACAAUCUACCCAGUGCUUAAGGAGGCGAUGGCGAAUUACCGAGCAUUUCACACACAGCUUACGACCAUCAUGGAAACCUUGACUCGGGCAGCAGUGGCGGAGAUUUGUGAGCUUGUGGAUGACGGAUACGCGAUUUUACACAUGGAGAUUUCACGGCAUCAGAAGGAGAACGAAGAACUCAGGCGGAAACUUCAGCUGAUCGAGUCCAUUGUUGCUGCGUGCGGAUACAGCGAUGAGACCGCGGCCGUGCAGGAGGCCACGAGCCGCCGCGCUCGAGCGGAGUCACGAGAUUCAGAGGAGCAGGCUCUUGUCACAGUGCAAGUUAAAGAGGAAGGUCAGGAGCCACCAAAUGAUGAUGAAGAUGAUGAUGAAACAGUUGCUGUGGUAACUGGUGACUCUCCAGAUGAGGAAGUCGUAGAGCUCUUGUCACAUAAAGUCCCAUCAGAUACAGCCUCUGCAAAUGACAACCUCCAUGCACACUCACUCACAGAUACACACUCCCCGAGUCUUCCCCCACACAUACUCGCAGACACGCACUCACACACUGAGGAGUCACAACACUCCAGCGUGGAUCUGACAGCCUCUGAUGAACCUCUCUGUUCUUUUAACACACAGAGUAAUGUGCACUCACUAUCUGACACGCACACUGAUGCCACUGGUCAUAGCUGCUCAUUUCCCGAUAAGAUGUGUACGAAGAGAGAGCCUAUGGUGUCUGAUCUGAAUCUUACUUUGGACUGGAGCACACACACAGUACAUAACACACUAUCACAUUCCCACACUUCCUCAGCUGGAAAUGUCACAAGGACAUUUGCUGCCCACAGUUCCCCUCUCUAUUCUGCACAGCACUUGCUUGGACUGGGUAAUGUGGCUGGGCUGGGGUUGUUUGGAGGACGUGGUUCCUUGCAAGGGGUUGGAGUUGGUAAGAGGCAUUUUAUCUGUUCCAUCUGCGGCAAGAACUUCACCACAGCACAGAGCCUAGACACACACAUGCGCAUACACACAGGUGAGCGUCCAUACCGCUGUGAACAGUGUGGCAAGCGCUUUACUCAGUCUGGUCACCUUACAGCACACCAGACCGUUCACACUGGAGAAAGACCGUAUGAGUGCACACACUGUGGCAAGCGUUUUGCAGGCAAGCAGUACUUGCGAAUACACACCAAGAAACACCAUCCUGAGUAACAAGAUUUCGGACACCACAGAAAAUACACACUAAUGUGUGUAUAUAUACACUAAUCCAUGAUGCACUUCACUGAGUACUUGUACUUACUCACACAUACGUGCACUGUAGUGGACAUUGAAACAAGCUAAUGCACAAAUGAAAUACGUGUUUAGAAUUCCAACACAUUAAAACUACUGCACAAAUGUAUUUUGGAGUUGGCUUAUAAGCAAUGUUUCAGUUACAAAAUCUAAAUAUAAAUUGAAAUUAAAUGACAAUUCUACACAAAAGAUUUAAUUUAAAGUCAGGAAGGCCUUUUGUAGGCAUAUAGUGAAGAACAUGAGCUACUGGUGAAGUUCAUGAGUACUAUAGGGACUGAACUUGGUUCUGUACACUACACAGAGGAAGAACACACGGAAGGCAGGGAAUUCCACCUGUCUCUGCCAUAAUAAAACAUACAUGUAAAACACAAGGAAAGCAUCUGAUUAUUUUUUUAUUUUAAACAUGGUUUUUCCUUAGGGAAGAGAUCAUAAAUUUGGUCUUAUGCAUUUAUCUUUGGAUGGCAGAGUAAUGACGGAAGCUUGGGUCAUAUUUUCCCUACAGUGGGUGUAAGAAGAUGAGCCACACAACAAAUAAACAAUUGAAUGUUGGCUUUCACUUUGAUUUACAGACUGCUGAAGCUGUUGGAGCUCAGGGAAGUUGAUGUAGCUCAGUAUAUUACUAUGAGCCAUGCAGUAGCAGCCAUUCUCUUGAUCACAAAAUAUGUGUCUUGCAGCUACAUCUACAAACCCAAUUCCAAAAAAAAUUGGAACAGCAUGGAAAAUGCUAAUAAAAACAAAGAGGAGUGAUUUUAAAUUUAUUCUGACUUGUAUUUAAACAAAAAACAUAUAAAGACAAGAUAUUUGAUGUUUUACAUAAUCGAAUGCAUAGUUUUUUGAAGAUAAAUGUUUAUUUUGAAAUUGAUGCAUGUAACACGUUCCAAAACAGUUGGGACAGGAACACCAUUCACCGCUGCAUCCACAGAUGUGAGUUAAGGCUUUACUAUGCAAAGCAGAAGCCAUACAUCAACACAGUCCGGAAGAGCUGCCAACUUCUCUGGGCUCGGUCUUAUCUGCAAUGGACAGUAGCACAGUGGAAUCGUUUUUUGUGGUCCGACGAAUCAACAUUUCAAAUAGUUUUUGGACAAAACAUCCGUUGUGUUCUCCAGGACGAAGAGUAAAAGGACCAUCCAAGUUGUUAUAAGCAUCAGGUCCAAAAGCCAGCAUCUGUCAUGGAAUGGGGAUUUGUCAGUGCCCAUGGCAUGGGUUACUUGCACAUCUGUGAGGGUACCAUUAAUGCAAAAAGAUAUGUACACAUUUUGGAGCAACAUAUGCUGUCAGCCAGAGCAGGACAACGUAAUACCAGAUUCUGCCUGGAUAAUAAGUGCAUGGUUGCAUAAGCAGAGUGUGGGUGCUAACAUGGCCUGCCUGCAGUGCUGUCCUGUCUCUGAUUGAGAAUGUGUGGUGCAUUAUAGAGCGCAAAAUAAGGCAAAGAAGGCUCUGUACAGCUGAGCAGCUGAAGAAAUGCGUAAUGGAUGAAUGGGUGAAAAUUUCACUUGCUAAACUUAAUCAACUGGUGUUUUCAGUGCCCAAACACUUAAUAAGCCUUAUUAAAAGAAAAGGUGAUGUUACACAUUGGUAAACAGUCGACUGUCCCAACUUUUUUGGUGUUGCAAUGUGUUUUCGAUAUAGGACAGGGUGAAUUGAAUUUUCAAAUGACUUUUUGUUUUUUUCAUUUUCCAUACUGUCCCAACCUUUUCAGAAUUAUGGUUGUAUUUAAGGUGGAACUUUGGUAGACUGACCCUGUAGCAGUCAUCAUCUGACAUGUAGUGCAGCUAAGCAGAUACAAACACUUGUAUCUAUAAAAUUCAGAAUAAGUUUUAAAGAAGUUAAUUUGUUCUUGUUAUUCUUUAAUAUGAUGUAUAUUACAUCUAAGGCCUGGGUUAUACUUGUGGUUUAAACAUGUGACUGCAUGUAUAAGCUUGUCCUGCACAUUUGGAGGAUUAAAAGUGACAUCCUUUAGAUGGAACAUCAAAGCCAAAGCAUCCUUGUCCAUCAGGUGUAAAUAUUGACCAAUAAAAUGUUUAGCAACUUAAUUUUGUGUUUGUGCAGUCACUUAGAGAUAUUAAAUCCACAGUUGAGCUCUGUUGGUUUCUUUUAAAUACUGUUCAAUUCAGUGUUAUUUGUAUAGCACUUGUAACAAUGGACAUUGCCCCAAAGCAGCUUUACAGAAGUAUAUGAAUUCAGGA